AUUAGUGGUUGUCUCAUCCUCGGCGUCUCCAUCUACGUGAAAGUCAGCAAGAAUGGAAACCAGAUCACAGAGGAAUCUCUUCCUGGCGUUGACCUGAUGAUCGCCAUCGGAGUGAUCAUCAUGGUGCUCGGCUUCCUGGGCUGCUGUGGAGCCAUCAGAGAGAACCGCUGCAUGCUGCUGCUGUUCUUCAUCAGCCUUCUCGCCAUCUUCAUCCUCCUGUUGGCGGCGGGCAUCGUGGGAGCUGUGGAAGAGAAGAAGGUGAAGGAAUGGGUGAAGGAGCGCCUGAUCAAGUUCACACCGCUGUCGUCACAACCGGAAUCUGUGAAGAAUGACCUGGAGACACUGCAGCGGGAGCUGAAAUGCUGUGGUCUUGUGCAAGGACCAGGAGACUGGACCACGGUUCCUGACUCCUGCCGCUGCAAUGCCACCGAUCCAGACUGCAAUUCCUCCAAAGUCUACUCCACGCCCUGCUCCACCAAGAUCGUCGAACUGAUGGAGCAAAACCUGACGGUGGUGCUGGGAAUUGCCUUUGCCAUCGCCAUCCUGCUGAUUUUCGGCAUGGUCUUCGCCAUGAUUCUCUACUGUCAGAUUGGCAGGAAAGAUGGCGCCACUGGCACUACCACCAAUGCCUAAAAACCCACAUGUGGCCACGCCCCCAUCACUCCCUGGAAACGGCCAAUCAGCGGUGCCCAAAUGAGCCACGUAUCAUGCACCAUGUAAUCCUCAGAGCUUCUGUAACUUAACCUGUGCUUUUACUGUCAAGGAACACACUGAUAUUUUUGUUGAAUUUAGAAGUAAAACUGAAAAGAAGUGGAUUUCCUAAAUAUCGGAGUGUUCCUUUAACUUUACAGAAAACUUGUGGUAGCAAAAAUGGACAUUUUACUAAAUACUCAUGUCAAAACCAAGCUAGUCUAUAUUUCUGUUCACACUGUGGCCUCAAGGAACAAAAUUUAAAUCACCUUUGUGUUGUAUGGAAGCCCAUUACUGCCAAAAGAUUACUCAGUAUGAGUUUAGGUAUGAUUAAAAAUGUAAAAUUCUAAUCCAAGUAAUAAGUUACUUAUAUGAAUGAUUCAUACAUAAUAAUUGUGAUAAUUGUUUUACUCAAGUAAUCUUUUUAGCUACUGUAUGUUAACUGUUGUGUUACAUAAAGUCCAAUUUAUUAUUAUUACAAUGAAGUACUGAAUAUAGUUUUUAGAGUUGGUAUUUCUGCAGUGCCUUAUUUGUUAUGUUUGUUUUUGGCUGGAAUGGGCUUCCAUAUUUAUGUCCAGACAUAUACUGCUAUAACUGUCUGUUGCCAUUUUUGGAAAAUAUUACAAAAUAAUACUCAGGAAGUUAAGGUUGUGGCGUGUGCUAGUGUUGUUCUAAUAUAAACCUUUUAAGAAAUACAAAAUAUAAUGACAUUAUUAACAUUAUUAAAGAAUAAGCUUUGUUUUUAUUUUAAAAGUGGUUCAAUCUUGUGGAGCAAAACUUGAUCUAUUUCUUGUUUCUGAAUCUUUUUUUUGUACCGGCACUGGUUGAAAACUGUAAGGAUGUUGUUAUUUUGUGUAUUUUUUUGUGUGUUUUUUUCACCUAACUGAGUUUGGGACAUGAAGUGUCAUAUUAUAUAAGUUCUUUAAGCAGGCUUUUAUUUUGUAGUCCACUCCCAUUGGGGAAAUAAAAACUAGAUUAGAAGAAUAGAUUCAUACUUGUAAGUCACUUCUGUAACACUACAUUAUAAUUAAGGCAUAAUUAUGUGAUGCUUGAUAAUUUGUAUUUUCUUACAAGAAGGGGCUUCCAUAUUCUCAAAAAAAAGGUUUACUUAAAUAAAUUAAAAACAGAUACAUUUACCUUGUUUAGCCCCCCUCGACUCCACUCCAGGACCCCUGAUUGUCCACCGACCACACUUUGAGCAUCACUGACCUGCAUUCUGUGAUGAAAUAUAACAUAGGAUGUCGUUUGUUCGCUAUCUUGACAUACUGAACCCGAUGUGUUCCUGUGUGAGCGUCUGCAGCCUGUUGUUUAAAGUGGUUUUAUCACCGUUCCAGCUGUCCAAAUACAAUAAAUGAUGAAGGGAA